CCAGUGUUUACCUCAGGGAGGAGGAUUGAGCAGUGCUCGUCCUGACUCUCUUGACACUUGUGUGUUGUGUGUGCUACUUUGUCAGACAUUCUGCGUAUGUUACGCAUUGUGUUAGGUGUUACGGCAAGUGCUAAGUUUGGCGCAUAAACGUUUAUGCAUCCCGCAGGUUAUAUCUUGGUAAAGGUAGUGUAGAAGAAAAGAAACAUGAAAAGUCUGAGUUGUUUGAACGAUAAGACCUUGUGUGGUGAACACAACAUUGUGUUAGUGCAAACCCGUUUCUGGUGAAGGGUGGACGUACGCGUUGGUUUCUUCGUAUCUUAUGCGUCCUGGAACGUUACCACGAUGAGGGAGCGACUCCGGUACCGGUGGACAGGUAAACUGGCCUAAUGACGAUCAGUUGCCGGCUGACUCUCGCCGACACAGGGUAUGUGAAGGCUUUCCUGGACAGUGGUUCUUGUGUGACAUUCUCCCUUCAGCUAGGACGUUGAGAAUAAACAAUAGUAUUGAGAUGUGGCAGUGAAAAGGAAGUGUUUCAGGACUUAUGCUCAUUUACUACGGAUAGAAAACUUUUCUGAAAAUGUGUUCAACGGACUUGGGAAUGCUGGAUCUCCUUUUUGAUAAGGAGGAUCCUUCAUGCAAGGGUCUGGAUGGGUUUAGGAACACCCUAUUCAGCAGCUCUGAAAGAUUCGACUCUCAGGACGUCAAGGAGGAAGUCCUAGAUUCCGGUACUAUUGACUGGAAGAUGUCGAAUGAAUGGGACGCGGACGAGCUGCUGCGAUCGGUUCUUAACGGCAGUGACAUGUCAUCUGGACUGGACAACCCCAGCCUGGGUGGUCUUAGCUCCCUGGAGUCCUCGGCGACCACACUGGCGACUCCCACGCUGGAAGCUCCGGAUGAUAUGGACUCCCUAGAGAACUUGGUCGGACUCCCUUUCCACGCUGUCCUCGACUCCGGAGCCUCUGACUCCGGCAUGUCCAGUGAUUCUUCCCUUGAUCAACAGUUGUCGCCGUUGUCUGGGUACUCCGUGUCGUCUCCUGGUCCCCUGGGUGAGAUGAAUCUGGGUAUGGAGUUAUCCUCGCCGGAGCAGGGUCUGGACACCACCUCUGAUGUGUCGUCCAAUAGUGACCUGGGUUCACUGGGCUCUCUGGGCUCCACCUCCCCUCACAGCACAACCUUCAUGGCAUCUCCAUACAGCCCUGAAACCAUCCUGGGUAUCGACGACUUCAUUCAUACUGAUUCAGGAUUCUCGUCGCCAGUGCCACAGGUAGUGCCUGACCCUGUAUGCCCCCCAACUGCCAGCGUGGCGGCACCCAUCGUCACCUCCACGCCCACUUUCAUCACCAGACCCAUCUUCAGUGCUAAGGAAACCUCCGUGUCGAUGCCCACUACGGUGUCUGUGGUGGCUUCCUCCGUGUCGACGCCGGUGACUACGGUGAGUCCUCCGGUACUGAAGACAGUAACGGUGACGGCACCAGCCAGUACUGUGAGCACGGUGGGGGGCCAGACCAUCGUAGUGACGCAGGCUAGCAAGGGCACUCCCAGCACCCACCUGGUGCGCAGCAGCACCAUUCUCAAGUCCAAUCAGACCUCUCGGUCCAUCCUCCUUCCCGUUACUGUCAAGGACCUCAACCAGGUACGGACCAUCAAGAUCAUCAGCACUGGCGGAAAUGGCGGUGUGGGCGGACGUGGUGUCCGCACUGUGGUGUCCACUGUGCGGACCCCCAGCACUACCACCACUCUCAACAACCAGUCCAUCCGCAAUGCUCUUCUGGGUGCCGUCAGGAGCCAGGAGACCAAGUCACUGCUCAAGGGCGGUGCCUCGACCGUGCUGAGCACAGCUAGGAGUACAACUGCCAUUUCCAGCACUCACUCGUCGCCCACACGUAUUAAAGUGGAACCUCAGGAAGAUGAUGACGACGAUGACGACGAUGAUCAGCCACACACGGCGUUUCAACAGUUGACGCUGUCUGAUGAGGAGAAGAGGCUGCUAAAGAAAGAGGGAAUCCUACUUCCAUCACACUACCCCCUGACAAAACAAGAAGAAAGAGAGCUGAAACGAAUUAGGCGGAAGAUUCGCAACAAGAUCUCUGCGCAGGACUCUCGUAAACGCAAGAAAGAAUAUAUUGAUGGACUAGAAGACAGGGUAAAAGCUUGCACAGAAGAGAACCAACAACUUCAGAAAAGGAUUCGUACCUUAGAGGCACAAAAUGAAUCGCUGCUGGUACAGAUGCGGCGGUUCCAGAAUGUUGUUACCGGUGGAAGUAGUGGACGUCCUCAAGCACACGUGUCUACUGCUUUCAUGAUGUUAAUACUGUCAGCAGCACUGUUCAUUGUUCCCUCACUACGACAAGAUACAGCCACAUCAGACAGUGAACUGUCCCUGCCUGCAUCCAAAAUGCCCUCAGCAGGGCAUUCACGUAGUCUUCUAGAGGCUGGGAAUGGUGCUUUUGUACCCAGUACCCUGGAAGUUUUAGAGGGUGUUGAUGAUGAACUGACCUCUGACUUUGACAAACCUUUGGUGCAGGCUCUAACUGAUCAUGACUACACUCCAGCAGCCAAGCGACAAUGCACAUUUUCAAAGAGCCCUGCCUAUCACGUACCACCACUGGAUGAUUUUCCACCACAACAUGGAAAACCGGAUUCUGGGGGAGGGUUUCCACCAGACGAUGGCUCUGGUACAAAAUUAUCAAAUAGAAUAAUGGAUAUUAUGGUAGACCGUGUAUCCAACAACUACUCCGACCCUGGGGGGAAGCGCAACAGUAACUCCCAAGCUGUUGUUGUGAACCUUGGGCAAAGUAGAAAGAGACUGAGGGAUGAUCUUGAGUUAGAGUGAUAACAUAAAAAACUGGGGUGCAUUCUUAUUAUUUAAUUUGAGGUGUGUCACCUCAAGUGGAUGAAGCUUACUGGGUUAAUUCUAUCCAUGUAAGCUAUCCUGUGUGCUGGGUGGGGGGACCUGCCACAGCCGUAGAUGCCGCCACUACCCUAGAACCUCGUCCUUUAUUUUGGACUGGACAAAGUUACCUUCAUAUCUAUCCUGGAGACCUUAUGAGCAGUGCAAUACAGUACAUUUCUUUUCUAAAAUGAUGUAAGUUUGAUAUGUGGCUGGAGGGAGAGGGCAGGCUUCUGCAGUCUCGUGGUAUAGUGUGUAAGGUGCACUGUGUGAGAGUGAUUCAUCUCUGUAGUAUAGCAAGGGAACAGCAUGAGAUGGCCACUGCAGGGCCUCGAGCUGAUGCCCUGCUGAACUAGAAUGGGAUAAUGGAUUUUGAACAGUAUGCCUGAUGGGUUUGCUUUUGCUACUAAGUUAUUAAAGUUUAUAACUUAAAAUAUUAAUUUUAUAAAGAUUAUUUCUUAAAUAUACAAAGGCAAUUAAAAAUUUCAGUAAUUUGAGCAGUUUAGCUAUAGGAAAUUUCUAUUUCCUCAUUUUCUUUGGUAAAUGGUAUAAUUUUUGUAUCAUAAUUUCCUUUAUAUUUAAAAGUGUAUAUGAUGUUCUUCAAAGCUGAUAUUGAUAGAACAUUAUUUUUCCUUCAUGCCUGGAAAAUUGUGAUUAUGCUGAAAAUAACAUAAAGGAAAAAUCUGGAGCCUGAUAUAUUUAUUUAUAAGUUAAAUAUAAAUUUAAUAUAUAAAUCUUCAUGUUAAAAUUUGAAGAUAUUUCCACGUGUGAUUAUGGUAUCAUAUAUUCAGUCAGUAUUCCAGUGCUUGAUGACACUGAAUACAGUGCCUCAUUAUUUUGUUAUGGACCAAUGCAAAUUAUUUCACCAAUCAUUUCAUUUCAUGCAAGUAUGUCAUAUAGGUAUAAUCCUGUCACUUGUCAUGUGCUAUGUGAUCAUUUUUUGUAGAUAAAAUUAUAAAGGAAUAAAUAUAUUUUAAGGC